AUGCAACGCAGCUGGGAUGCGUAUCGUCGACAUGCAUGGCUGGCUGAUGAGUUGCUUCCUGUGAGUGGAGGUAAUAAGACUGCAUUUGGUGGCUGGGCUGCAACACUCGUGGACUCCCUGGACACGCUGUGGAUCAUGGACCUGAAAGAAGAAUUCCAAGAAGCCGUCGACAGCAUCGUUCAAAUCGACUUCACAGCAACAACGCAGAAGUCCAUCAACGUCUUUGAAACAACAAUCCGCUAUCUCGGCGGCUUCUUAUCCGCCUACGACCUGUCCGACGACAAAAGACUCCUCGACAAAAGCCUCGAACUAGCAGACAUGCUCUACGCCGCCUUCGACACCCCAAACCGAAUGCCGAUCCUGCGGUGGGAUUUCCACGCCGCUCGUAAAGGCGAGGAGCAAGUCGCAUCCGACCACGUGGUACUCGCAGAGAUGGGCUCCCUCUGCCUCGAAUUCACCCGCCUCUCCCAAAUCACCCGCGACCCGAGAUGGUACGAUGCCGUGGCCCGCGUGAUGGACGUCUUCCGAGACCAGCAGUACCAGUCGAAUAUCCCUGGAAUGUGGCCGCUGAUCGUCAACGGACGGGAUAUGGAGUUCUUCUCCAAGCAUUCCAGCCAGGUGUUCUCGAUUGCUGCGUUGGGGGACUCGGUUUAUGAGUACUUGCCGAAGAUGUAUGCUCUGCUGGGAGGGUCGGAGCAGUACGCCGCGAUGUUCAAUGGAGCGAUGAAUACGUUGAUGAAGCACUCGCUGUUCAGACCGAUGACCAAGCAGGGAGAUGUGGAUGCUCUCGUGCCUGGCGCGCUGAGAUUCCUGGAGGAGAAGAUCACGGUUCAAGCUGAGCUACAGCACCUAUCGUGCUUUUCUGGCGGCAUGUUCGCGCUAGGUGGGAAGUUGCUUCAGAAUGACAGCUACGUCGCCAUCGGCCGCAAGCUGACUGAUGGAUGCAUUUGGGCAUACGACAACUUUCCCACAAAGAUCAUGCCAGAGGUAUCCAACGUCGUGCGAUGCAAAGACGACGCCAGCUGUCCCUGGGAUGAAGACGAAUGGAACCGCGCCGUAUACGAUCUCGCGCCUUUCGAGAUCAAGGACUCCACGAACUCUUCGGAACUGAUCAAGAACAAUCGCUUACCACCAGGUAUCGCUAGUAUCCCCGACCCGGGCUAUCGACUACGACCCGAGGCCAUCGAGAGUAUCUUCAUCAACUACCGCGUCACCGGCGAUGAGUCCUUGCAAGAUACGGCUUGGAGUAUGUUCAAGACCGUGUAUGCGCACACGCGGACGGAAUUUGCGCAUGCGGCGAUGAAGGAUGUUACGAAUGGGACGGCGCCGAUGGAGGAUAGUAUGGAGAGUUUCUGGACGGCGGAGACGCUCAAGUAUUACUACCUUGUGUUUUGUGAGCCUGAGUAUGUCAGUCUGGAUGAUUAUGUGUUUAAUACGGAGGCGCAUCCGUUCAGACGGCCGGAGUAUGUUCGUGGAGGGUGA